AUUCUUAGUUGCUGUAGACCUUACAGAUUAUAUAGUUUUCUUCCAUAAACAAUUUUAGUAUUAUGUAAGUUGUUAUGGAUUAAAUAGUUCAAUAAGGAAAUUUAUAAUUUUCACCAAAUACAAAACUACCUGAAUGAAAUGGAAAUAUCAUAAAAUUUUUAUUACAAUUCACCAUAUUAGUUAUAACUUAAAAACUGGCAUAUCUUGGAGUCAAGACUUGGAAUGCAGACAAUUCUCAUUUGAAAAAAUAUAGUAAGAUUUAUAAUGAAAAAAUUCGGCAACUAUAAGUUCUUAAAAAUAAAACUUUUAUGCAUUCAUUUUCACAAAAAUUAAUCUAAGUUUUUUUUAAUUUCACAGUUGCAGUUAUGGGAUACAGGUGGCAUGGAACGAGUUGCAUCCAUCACUAGUAGUUAUUAUAAAUUUGCAGAAGCUGCAAUUCUAGUAUUCAGCUUUGAUAAUCCUGAUUCAUUCAAUAUUCUCUCUCAGCAUCUUUUGGAUAUCGUUAGCUAUGCCGAAAAUGCAAAAAUUUUUUUAUGUGGAAAUAAAAUAGAUUUGGUACAUCAUAUGGAUAUAACUGAUUCAGAUAUAGAAGCUUUUUGUGAACAGUGUCAUAAUUUGAUCAGUGGUGUGUAUAAGACGUCGUGCAAGACGGGUGCUGGAAUAGAAGAAAUGUUCACAGAUAUUGCUCGUCAGUUGGUGCUCACUUGUCGUGUAAAAGAUAUGGAAGAUGUAGCUAAAGAUUCUUUCAAGGUCACCGCUCAAGACGAACCCCAAGAAUCUUGUUCAUGCUAGUCAUUUUAUUCAAAAUAUAAGAAAUCAUAGCUUUAGUAAAUUUGUUUAUUACAAAGAAUUUUUUAAAUUAUGUACAGAUUUUUAAGAUUUCUGUACAUACUGUAAAGUACUAUGUUUUGUAUAUUGCUGCAGAUCUCUAAUUAUCCAUGAUUUACAUUUUGAAAAUUAAAAACAAAAAAACUUGUAGUGCUAUUGAAGUAGUAAUAAUUGUUUUGCUGUUAAUUUCUGCUUAAUAAUGUUUGAGUAAACAAGACUUAUCUAGAGAAUAAGUUAGAAAAUAUACAAAACAUGAUACUGAUAUUGGAAAUCAAACAGAAAAUUAUUUGAAUUAAUUGCAAUUUUUGCAAAAUGUUCCUAAUUUGACUGAUUAAUUUAUCAUAGAUAAUCUGUUAAUUAUAAUUUCAAGCUGCAGUUUGAAAUGAUUUCAAUAUAUUUAAUUAAAUGUUAAAUAUCCAAGAUUUAAGAAAGUAAAUUAGUAUUAAAAAAGAUUAAUGAUAUUUUACAUUAAUCUUGAUAUCUGAAUAAACUCAUUUCCAUAUAGAUAGAUAUCAAUAUAUAGAAAUUGCCGAAAUAUUUUUUUAAAGUAAAGACGAAAAAUGAAAUUAGCAUAUAUUUGAUUUUACUACAAUCACAACAUUGUUCUACUUAGGUAAGGGUGCAUUGAGCUUGAAUUUUACUAGAAAUUAUUAUUUUUAAUGUUUUUAUGUGAAGUACAGUAUUGUAAAGUAUAAACUAAAUGUAAAAAAAUUUCUUCCAUUAAUGUAUUUUUCUCUAAAUGUUAAAGUGAUGUAUGAGAUUAAAAUUUAUUAAUACAUUUGCAUUUAUAA